UUCCGCAAAAGCAUACCUUUAACGUAAUGAGUAAACUUUGGCUAUCUCAACUUAAAAUUAUAUCAGUGCUCAGAAGUUCGUCAACAUCAGAAAGGAGUUUGUUUUUUAUUUUAUUGACAGAAGCCUGUUAGGCGUAAUUCUUCAAGAUGCCUUCAGGUGGCGAUGAAGUAUUUUCAAAUCCUCUUGCACCGCCAGGGGAAACUGUUGUUGAUGAAAGACCACAGCGCCUUACAAAUGCAGAUUUUAGGAAGCUGUUGAUGACACCAAGAGCUCCUGCUGGAAGCCAGAAAGAGAAUGUGGCAACACAAGGAACUAAGACUUCGACCGCUGAGCCUGCAACCCAGCGCCGGGAGAAUAAAGAUGACGUUCGUGCUGCAGAGCGGAAGAAGAAGAAAAGCUAUUAUGCAAAGAUCAAAAAGGAGGAAGAAGAGAAAAUGGCAGAAUUGGCAGAAAAGUAUAGAGAUCGUGCUAAAGAGAGACGAGAGGGUAAAAAUCCUGACUACCAAGCAGAGGAUCCUUCACAAGCUGGAAUGGGGGGUUACCGAGCAGUUGCACCAGAUCUUAAAUCUGGAUUGGAUGCAGCAGAACGUCGUAAGCAGAUGAUCCAGGAAUCCAAAUUCUUGGGUGGUGACAUGGAACAUACUCAUUUGGUAAAAGGUCUUGAUUAUGCUCUCCUGCAGAAAGUUAGAUCUGAAAUUCAGAUUAAAGAGUCUGAAGUGCUUAUUGAAACAGAACGUCCGGGUGAAGGACCUCCAAAGGAAAAGAAAAUUGUUCAGGAGGAAGAGGAGCUGACAUUCAAGACUAAUGUGGGACGUAGAAUUUAUACUGCUAUAUGCAAUGCCCAACAGUCUGAAUUCAAUGACCUCUUUCUUCCCGGUCGUAUGGCUUAUGCUAUUGACCUUGAUGAUGAUGUAGCUGAAACAGACAUCCCAACUACAGUUAUUCGUUCAAAGGCUGAUCUUCAAGGGAUUGAAAAUAUGCAAGCUACCUUCACUACCAAUGAUAUAGUGAUUCAGAAACUGACACAGAUUUUGUCAUAUCUUCGUACUGGACGUGCAAAUAAAAAGCAAAAGAAAAAGGAUAAGGGAAAGAAUGAUCCUAGUGGAAGAACAGGUGCUGAUGACAGUAUAUAUGGUGAAAUUGGGGAAUAUGUGCCAUCAGUCGGUAAAGCAAGUGACAGAGAUAAAGAUCGAGAUAGAGACAGGGAAAGAGAACGUGGCAGAGACCGAGAUCAUGACAGGGAGCGCGAUCGCAGAGAUCGGGACAAGGAUAGAGGGGAUCGAGACAGAGAAAGAGAAAAGGAUCGCCGAGACAGAGACCGUGAUCGUGAUCGAGACAGGCAUGAUAGGGAGCGGGACCAUGACAGGGAACGAAAGCCCCGUUCAUAUUUCAGCCGCUCUGCACAUGAAGAAGUGAAGAAUGACAUGCGAGCAGCAGAGGAGAGAUUACAAGCACAAUGGCCAAUAGUUGCUGAUGCAAAAGCAGAUAAGUCAGUGACUCAGCAACAACCACCACAAAACAUACCACAGCAACCACCCCAGCAACAGCAAAUGCCACCACAACAGACAGGACCCCAGCCACCUUUAGGAGCUUCACAGCAGCAGGGAAAACAAGUCAACAGUUUGUUAGUUGGUGAUGAUUAUUACACUGAGUGUUACCCUGGCAUGGCUGAGAUGCAAGAUGCCAUUGAUGACUCAGAUGAUGAAGCAGACUAUACCAAGAUGGACAUGGGCAAUAAGAAGGGGCCAGUGGGUCGUUGGGACUUUGAUACUCAAGAAGAGUAUAGUGACUACAUGAAUCAGCGAGAGGCCAUGCCAAAAGCUGCUUUCCAGUAUGGUGUGAAAAUGGCUGAUGGUCGAAAGACGCGUCGCAUAGGUGGUAAUAAGGAGAAGGAUCGCAAUGCUGAACUGAACAGGGAGUGGCAACAAAUCCAACAGAUCCUAAAAAGGCGUAAAGAUAAUGAUGGAGUGGCCGGAGUUCCAGAGAAGGCAGCAAGAUAUGACUACUGAUUUAUUUUCAUAAUGGUAUUUGUCAUACUAAAUUGUGAGUAUAAGAGAAGUAGGUGUUUUGGAAUGAGAGUAAACUUAGAAUUAGUAGAUGAUGAUCAAAAUCAAAGUGGUUUGAUCUCUCUUUAAUGCAAUUGAUGCCUCCUAGUUUAAUGUAGUUGCCAACAUUCUUAAGGAAAGGAUUUAUAUGAAUUGAAAGAAAAUCUGAUUUUGUUUUAACUGCUACAUAAAACCAAUUGAUUCUAACAUUUAACAGGAAUUCUUGUGAGCAGACAGAGUGAUUUUUUGUACACUACUUUAAAAGCUUUUUGAAUUAGAAUAUAGUUUAAAGAGUUUUGUGUAGUAUUAUUUUAAAUUAUUUGUGUACAAGGUUUAUAAAGUAAAUUGAUAAAGUACUUUAUGUCUUGGGCUUUGAAUAAGAAAUAUUGUAACUCUUAAUAGGUAGCUAAAUGGAACUUACCUUCUCCAAGAUGUUACUUGGGCAGUCUUUUGCUGAUAAAAUCUACGAGUCAAGGAUUAUGUGAAAUCAUAAUUUUCUUAUUUACCAAAUUAUUUGCCUGUUUAUCGUGAAAUAUAUAAUUUACAUAAUGUUGUUUUAUUAGGACAUUUAUUUGAUAAUUGAUUGUGUUCAUUUUUAUAAACUUGUGUUAUUAGCUCAAGUUAAUUCAAUCUAUAUGAAGAUUUUGUGUAUUUAAAUAUUUUCAGAAUGUAUAGUUAAUGCUGAAUAUAAGGUGAAUACUG